AUGAAUCUUCGUUUUUGUGCUUAUCUUAACAUUCGUAAACAUAAAAUUGAAUUAAGUAAACAAUAUUUAGCUGUAUUUGAUGAUACAACCAACUCAGAAUUCCUUGCUGCACAUCGUAAUUAUAUAGAAAAAUUUCAAGCUAUUGAACUUUCACAAGAAUUAACAACAACACGAACCCAUUUAACUCGUUUUCUUUUCUUCGAAUGUCUUGAAUUAUAUAUGUUUUCAUGGAACAUAAAACAUCUGUCUUCACUUAUUCAAACAUCACUUGAAAAUUCAGACAUUGAUUCAGGUUGGCGUUCAACUAGUUGUCAAAAUUUAUUAGAUUUAGCACUUAAACGGUUGUUUGAAAGUUUUCCUUUUUAUUUUUUAAUUAAUUAA